AUGAUAAGCACAUACUAUCAUUCAAAUGAAGGCUUUCAGCCAACAGCUUCAAGCAUACAACCAGCACUACCAGCAAUUCCAAAUCAUGGGACACUAUUUACUGAAACCUGGAUAUGGCUAGAAGCAAACAUCAGCUCAGAAAGUACUUUCACAUUGCCACUUACUGUUCCUGAAACAAUGACAUCAUGGUUGGCCAGUGCAUUUAUUGUUUCUGACACGCUUGGAUUGGGAUUUACAGAUAAACCAGCUGAGCUCCAACUAUAUCAGAAUUUGUCUGUCACGUUGAACCUCCCUUAUUCAGUAAUUAGAGGUGAAAUAUUAAUUUUGGAAGUUGUUUUAUUCAACCAUUUGAACACAAAUGUUAAGGUUCAUGUUUUUGUGCAGCAGAGUGACUUAUUUGAAAUUCCAGAGUCAAACAAUGCAAGUACAGUAAGCCAAAAGGCUUUGGAUGUCCCCAGUAAGGAAAGAAAAACUAGCUUGUUUCUAAUCAAACCAAAAAAACUGGGAAAGAUCCCAGUCACAGUAAAAGCAAUUUCAAAAGGAGCAUCUGAAGUUGUUACUGAGGAAGUAAUAGUAAAGGCUGAAGGAUUGAAGAAGUAUUAUUCACAGUCUACAUUUUUGGACUUAAAAACCACUAGAGGUCCCAAUCUCCCCCUUUCAAAAACCUUAUCGUUCACUUACCCUCCUGAUGUGGUGGAAGGAAGCGAGGAAGCAUAUAUAACUAUUAUUGGUAAUCUUCUUGCACCUUCAAUUGAUGGUCUGGAGUCACUGAUACAAAUGCCUUGUGGCUGUGGAGAGCAAAACAUGAUUUACCUUGCUCCAAACAUCUAUGUUCUUCAGUACUUAGAAGCAACUAGCAAAGCAACUGAAUACAUAACAGCAAGAGCCAUAGAGAACAUGCGACAAGCUUUGUACACCUGGAUUGGGGUAUUUUCUGCCAUUGCAAAUCCUCUCAAGCUCAGUCAGGUUGGAUGGGCACUGUUGGUGGACAGCUGUUCUCAGCUUUCCUCAAAUUUGUGCCUUGCAAUAAUCCUGCCUCUGAGCUCUGCAGGCAGUUCCUGGCUCUCAGCUUUUGUGUUUAGAUGCUUCCUUCAGGCUCAACCAUUUAUAUAUAUCAAUCCUGAUGUUUUGAAUCAAACAGUGGAAUGGCUGGUUCAGUACCAGGAUAUAAACACGGGUAUAUUCUCUGAGCCUGGGCAUGUUAUUCAUUAUGAACUUCAGGGUGGGCUGAAUGGUCCAGUCACGCUCACUGCUUAUAUUCUGACCGCACUGUUAGAAGAUAGCUAUUACAGUCAUCGUUAUGAGUCCAGAAUUCAAAAAGCUGUUCAAUAUCUUGAGAAAAAGUUUGAUGAAGGGAUUUCCAGCAACUAUUCCUUGUCAGUUGUUGCAUAUGCAUUAACGCUGGCUAAGAGCCCCAAAGCAAAGGCUGCCUUGGAUCAGCUCACCUCAAGAGCUACUAUUACAGGAUCAUCCAAGUACUGGUCUUCACCUUCUGAAAACACCUUCUAUUACUGGAUUCCAAGGACAACAGAUAUCGAGACAGCAGCUUAUGCUUUGCUUUCCUAUUAUCACCAGAAUAGAUUUGAAGAUGGAAUCUUUGUCAUGAAAUGGCUGGGCCAGCAAAGAAACCACCUUGGUGGUUUUAUAUCUACACAAGACACAAUUAUGGCUUUACAGGCUCUGUCCAAAUGUAUGCCUUUUGCCCCAUCUAAUGAAACAUCACUCACUCUGUCUGUUACUGGACUAAAAGCGAGGAAGCCAAAAGUAUUUGAGGUCAACAGUGAAAACCUCAUGUUGUUACAAAGCGAGCAGAUUGAAGUUUCCCAACCACUUUCUAUCAAUGUUACCGCCGUUGGAAGAGGACUGGCUGUUGUACAGCUCAAUUUAAUAUAUAACCUGAAAACAACCUCCAGGCAGAGGAGUGCUUCUAUUUCAGAAGCUUUCUCAUUAGACGUAUCAGUGGAAGAAGACACAAAAAGUACUGAUCGUCUUUCUGCACAAAUAUGCACAAGCUAUCUGGGAAAAUGGAAUCAAAGUGGCAUGGCUAUUCUAGAGGUUGGAUUUGUAAGUGGAUUCACCAUGAGUCCUGAAGGAAUCCCUACGAGUGAAUUAAUUAAGAAAGUUGAGACCGAUAAUGAGGGAGUUCACAUUUACCUUGAUUCGGUGAGAGGAAAGGAAGUAUGUGUGCCUGUCCCAAUGGUACGCUCUUCAAAAGUAGCCAGUUCCCAAGAUGCACUGAUCAAAAUAUAUGAUUAUUACAACCCAAAAAGAAGCCUCAUCCUGAGUAAAAACCUGUCUACCGUUAACAUGUUGCAGAGAAGGACGCUUGCUCUCUGUGUAGAAGCAGUGGACUCUCUGCAGAAGUCUGACACAUCCCUUGCUGAGUCAGUGCUAGAGCUCUCUGAUCAGCAGGGAGCAAGAGCUUUGCUGAUUGGAGAGCUUAUAGGUCUCUCAGCAGGAGGUUUGUUGAACAUCUGCAGAGAGACAAAUGCUGCCACAUAG